AUGCGGGGUGUCGGGGUGCUCCCCAGCCCCGCCGAGGCUCUGCCGGGCAGAGCCCAGAGGCUGCCGGUGGCAGCCACCCACGCCGUCAACGGGAACCCCACGCUCCCGCCAUUCCCAGCGGAGAUGCAGAGGGCGAUUUUUGGCAUGGGGUGCUUCUGGGGAGCGGAGCGGCUCUUCUGGCAGAUGCCGGGGGUCUUCUCCACCCAGGUGGGCUACGCGGGAGGCUUCACCCCCAACCCCACCUACAAAGAAGUGCGCACAGGGCUGACGGGGCACGCCGAGGUGGUGAGGGUCGUCUUCAACCCCCGGGAGAUCGGCUACGAGGAGCUUCUCGAAGUCUUCUGGGAGAACCACGACCCCACACAAGGCAUGCGGCAGCAGGAGGACCUGGGCACCCAGUACCGCUCCGUCAUCUACACGCUGGACCCCCAGCAGCAGGCAGCUGCCCUCCGCAGCAGGACAGCGUACCAGCGGGAGCUGUGGGAGCAGCGGUGGGGGGACAUCACCACUGCCAUCGAGCCGGCCGGUGACUUCUACUAG